GUUUCGCAGCGGACGGUCUGGCAGCGGCAGCGGCAGCGCCACAACAAGAGCGGCUUUCAGGCUUUGUUUCGUGGAUGUGAAUGAGCUCGGUCACYUCCUCCAGAUAUGUGGUCGGAUAUACGGAUAUUGUUACUUUUCCAUUUGUUCAUUCUCAGGCUGCCUUACCUGAAAGCCACUGAUGAGUGUGAGGAUGGACAAUUUCAGUGCAACAACAAAAGGUGUAUACCGACCAUCUGGAGGUGCGACGACGAUGACGACUGCUCAGAUAACAGCGACGAAGAAAACUGCCCCAGGAAAACCUGCGCCCCUGCUGAGUUUGCCUGCUUAAACGGACAGUGUGUCCCAGGCCGGUGGCGAUGCGACGGGGAACCGGAGUGUCCAGAUGGCUCUGAUGAGGCAGAGGAGACGUGCAGCAAACAGACGUGCCCUCCAGAGAAAUUUGACUGCGGGGGAUCCACCAACAAGUGUGUCUCGUUGUCAUGGAGAUGUGAUGGGGAGAAAGACUGCGAGAACGGGGCGGACGAGGAGGACUGUGCAUCUGACGCCAAAGCAUGUCCCAGCGCAGAGUUCAUGUGUGCCAACCGCAAAUGCCUCGCCGCCGUCUACGUGUGCGACGGCGACGACGACUGCGGAGACGGCAGCGACGAGCUCAAGUGUGCGGCGCCGCAGACCUGCGGGCCCAACCACUUCCGCUGCAACACAUCGGAGUGCGUGCCACUGAUGUGGAGCUGCGACGGAGACCCCGACUGCUCGGACGGCUCUGACGAAAGCCCGGAACGCUGCGGCGACGGCGCCCCCUACCUGCCCAACCGCAGAGCCAACUGCACCGCAGACGAGUUCCGCUGUGCUAACGGGGAGUGUAUUCGCCUGACGUGGAAAUGCGAUGGAGAUCCAGAUUGCAAGGACAAGUCCGACGAGUCAGACUGCCCUCUGCUGACAUGUCGACCUGAUGAGUUUCAGUGCGGUGAUGGUUCUUGUAUCCACGGUACCAAACAGUGCAACAAGGUCCAUGACUGUCCUGACCACAGCGAUGAGUCUGGCUGCGUCAACGCCACAAAAUGCGAAGGGCCACUGAAGUUUCAGUGUAAGAACGGAGAGUGUAUCGACAGCUCCAAGGUGUGUGACUCUGUCAAGGACUGCAAGGACCGCUCGGAUGAGCCUAAAAAAGAGUGUGGGUUGAAUGAGUGUAUGAUCAAUAACGGCGGCUGUUCCCACGUCUGCAUGGACAGACCAAUCGGCUUCGAGUGCCAGUGUCCCACAGGCUACCAGCUGCUGGACAAGAAGACUUGUGGAGACAUCAAUGAGUGUGAGAACCCCGACGCUUGCAGCCAGAUAUGCAUCAACUACAAGGGAGAUUUUAAGUGCGAGUGCUAUGAAGGAUAUGAGAUGGACCUGGUCACUAAGACUUGCAAGGCUGAAGGGAAAAGUCCAUAUUUGCUGUUCACUAACCGCCAUGAGAUUCGACGCAUCGACUUGGUGAAGAGGGACUACAGCCAGGUUGUGUCUACACAGAAGAAUGCCGUGGCUCUGGACUUGGACGUGGCCAACAACCGCGUCUUCUGGUGUGACCGAUUCCACAGGAAAAUCUACAGCGCCUUCAUCCACGAGGCCAGCGACCCGUCCCAGCAGGUGCCGCUGGUGGAUUCGUCCCUGCAGACUCCUGUGGGCCUGGCGCUGGACUGGCUCCAACACAACCUGUAUUGGACCGACUCGGGAGACAAAUCCAUCUCKGUGUCCUCAGUGGACGGCACCAAGAGGCGCRUCCUCAUCAGCUCUGACCUGAGCGAGCCUCGGGCCAUAGCGCUGGACCCCCACCACGGCUUCAUGUACUGGUCAGACUGGGGCACACGAGCCAAGAUAGAGAAAGCUGGGAUGAACGGAGUGGAUCGGCAGGUUCUGGUGUCUGAAAACAUUGAAUGGCCCAAUGGCAUUACUCUGGACGUAGCCAACCGGCGCCUCUACUGGGUUGACUCCAAACUGCAUCUCAUAGCCAGUGUGGACCUGAACGGAGCUCACCGGAGAACACACAUGUCCUCUGCAGAGAGACUGGGGCACCCCUACGCUCUGGCUGUCUUCGAGGAUCGGAUCUACUGGACCGACAGAGACAAGGCAGCAGUUUUUAUGGCCAAUCGGUUAACUGGUCAGGACAUCCAGGCUCUGGCUGAAAACCUGAAUGAUCCCCAUGACAUUGUGGUUUUCCACCAGCUCCGACAGCCGCCAGGUCCAGACAGCUGUAAUCUGGGCAGUGUAGCCAAUGGGGGUUGUGAGUACUUAUGCCUUAAAGCACCGCAGAUCACCGAACAUUCUCCCAAAUACACUUGUGCGUGUCCAGAUGGACAGGACUUGGGGCCUGAUAUGAGGGGCUGUGUGCCAGCAGCGCCGAGGGACGACAUGACGGCAAGAUUGCCACCUGCCUUUGGAUUUACACCUGACGCCAGAGAAACUGACGCCAGAGGCAUCGCUCCUUCCUCAGRAGGAGUCUCGCAGGCAGACGACGUCCCCUACUUGAGCACCGCUCCAUCUGCUUCUCCCGAGUUUCUCACGCCACUCAGUACGCUGCAGCCUCUAUCAUCGCAGGAGUCUGAAUCGCUGGGCUCCCACUCCACAGCCAYGGCCAUGGUCAUCUCAACCACGUCUGCAGGGGACAGCAGUGUCUCCCAACACUCCGGUGGCGAGAACUUUGUUCUGGGUGAGAACCUGACGGUGGCCGUUCUGGGCGUUGUCAUUCCUAUCGGUAAGCUGCAUGCAGCCUCUGUUUUCUGUGUUUGUCUGGUUACAGAAAAAUCGUUUGGCCUCAUGUACAAAGCCUUGCAAAAAUAUUCAAAUCUUUUGAACUUGUUCACAUUUUUUUCACAUUACAUCUUCAAACUUCAAUGUUGUUCUAUCGGUAUUUUAUUACAUAGAUCAAUAAGAAAAAAGCUUUGA